UUGAGACGGCGAGACAAGAGGAAGUACCGCAUCCUCUUUGAGACCUGCAAUCUUUGAGAUGGAUCCAGUGAGUAUCAAGGAGGACCUGAGGCUCUUUCAGAGCACUCUUCUCCAGGAUGGUUUAAAGGAACUUCUGAAGGAGAACAAGUUUGUGGAUUGUUUUCUAAAGGUUGGAGAUCGGAGUCUUCCCUGCCACAAACUCAUAAUGGCGGCGUGCAGCCCGUACUUUCGAGAGCUGUACUUUACUGAGGACGGGGUUGAGAAGAAAGACUCCAGCAAGGAAGUCGUGCUGGAGAACGUGGAUCCCGCCAUUAUGGAAAUGAUUGUGCACUAUCUCUAUUCCGCAGACAUCGAAAUCACAGACGAGAACGUGCAAGACAUCUUCGCAGUCGGCAACAGGUUUCAGAUCCCAUCUGUUUUCACCAUUUGCGUCAACUAUCUACAAAACAAGGUGUCUUUGGGGAACUGCUUGGCCAUCUACAGAAUGGGACUGGUUUUGGACUGCCCAAGGCUCGCUGUGUCCGCUAGGGAUUUCAUAGCGGAGCGUUUUGAGACUUUGUCCAGGGAAGAGGAAUUUCUCGAGUUCAACGCUCCUGAGCUGUUCGCCAUCAUCGGGUGUGAUUCUCUGAACGUGGAGAAAGAAGAGGUCGUCUACGAGCUCUUGAUGAAAUGGGUCCGGAAGAACAAGGAGAACCGGGCGAUCGCUUUGGGAGAUGCCUUCGAGCACAUCCGCUUCCGACUACUCCCGGAGAAAUACUUCAAGGAGAAAGUGGAGAAGGAUGACAUCAUCAAGGCCGACCCUGAGCUCCUCAAGAAGCUGAAUACCAUCAGGGAGGCUUUUGCUGGAAAACUUCCACAAACGAAGGAGGGUGCGAAAGGUGAAGGCGAAGAAGAGGGAAAUAAAUUGCCCGGUUUUCUGAAUGACAACAAACGGUUGGGGAUGUUCACCAGGGAUCUCAUACUGAUGAUAAGUGACACGGCGGCUGUGGCCUACGAUGCUAAUGAAAACGAAUGCUUCCUAGCGGCGAUGGCAGAGCAGAUACCGCGAAACCACGUUAGCAUUACGUCAAAGAAGAACCUGCUCUAUGUUGUGGGAGGGCUGUUUGUGGAUGAGGACGACGAGGAUUCACCACUGCAGUGUUAUUUUUAUCAGCUGGACACUCAUUCUCCAAACUGGAUUGCCCUGCCCCCGAUGCCAUCGCCCCGGUGUCUGUUCGCCAUGGGCGAGUUUGAAAACUUCUUGUUUGCAGUUGCUGGCAAAGACCUGCAGACCGGCGAGUCUCUGGACUCAGUGAUGUGUUAUGAUGUUGAUAAGAUGAAGUGGCUGGAGACCAAAAAACUGCCCUUAAGAAUUCACGGUCACAGUGUGAUCUCACAGAACGGACUAGUUUACUGCAUAGGAGGAAAGACGGAUGAAAAUAAAACCAUCAACAAGAUGUUUGCGUACAACCACAAGAAGUCAGAAUGGAAAGAGCUGGCGGGCAUGAAGACACCCAGGUCCAUGUUUGGAGUCGCCGUCCACAAAGGAAAGAUCAUUGUGGUUGGAGGAGUCAAUGAAGAUGGCCUUUUAGCCUCUUGUGAAGCGUAUGACUUUUCAACAAACAAGUACGUAUUAAUCACUUGUUGUUUUUAUUGA